UAAUGGUCAGCUCAGGAAAGUGGUGAUGAUGACCGGGGCACGUGAGACUGGCCAGGUGGUUGCUGUAUAUGGAACAUUAUCUGAUUUGCUUUCUGUGGCCAGCAGUAAACUCGGCAUAAAAGCCACCAGUGUGUAUAAUGGGAAAGGUGGACUGAUUGAUGAUAUUGCUUUGAUCAGGGAUGAUGAUGUUUUGUUUGUGUGUGAAGGAGAGCCAUUUAUUGAUCCACAGACAGAUUCAAAACCACCUGAAGGAUCAUUAGGAUCCCACACAGACUGGCUAACAUUAAAUGUUGGAGGGCGGUACUUUACAACUACACGGAGCACUUUAGUGAAUAAAGAACCCGACAGUAUGCUGGCCCACAUGUUUAAGGACAAAGGUGUCUGGGGAAAUAAGCAAGACCAUAGAGGAGCUUUCUUAAUUGACCGAAGUCCUGAGUACUUUGAACCCAUUUUGAACUACCUGCGUCAUGGACAGCUCAUUGUAAAUGAUGGCAUCAAUUUAUUGGGUGUAUUAGAAGAAGCCAGAUUUUUUGGUAUUGACUCAUUGAUCGAACACCUAGAAGUGGCAAUAAAGAAUUCUCAACCACCAGAGGAUCAUUCACCAAUAUCCCGAAAGGAAUUUGUCCGAUUUCUGCUAGCAACUCCAACCAAGUCAGAAUUGCGUUGCCAGGGUUUAAACUUCAGUGGUGCUGAUCUUUCACGUUUGGACCUUCGAUACAUUAACUUCAAAAUGGCCAAUUUAAGCCGCUGUAAUCUUGCACAUGCAAAUCUCUGCUGUGCAAAUCUUGAACGAGCUGAUUUGUCUGGAUCAGUGCUUGACUGUGCAAAUCUCCAGGGAGUUAAGAUGCUUUGUUCUAAUGCAGAAGGAGCAUCCCUGAAACUCUGUAAUUUUGAGGAUCCUUCUGGUCUUAAAGCCAAUUUAGAAGGAGCUAAUCUGAAAGGUGUGGAUAUGGAAGGAAGUCAAAUGACAGGAAUUAACCUGAGAGUUGCUACUUUAAAAAAUGCAAAGUUGAAGAACUGUAACCUCAGAGGAGCAACUCUGGCCGGAACUGAUUUAGAGAAUUGUGAUCUGUCUGGGUGUGAUCUUCAAGAAGCCAACCUGAGAGGCUCCAACGUGAAGGGAGCGAUAUUCGAAGAGAUGCUGACACCACUGCAUAUGUCACAAAGUGUCAGAUGAGGAUUUUAGGGGCUGCAGGAGGAUGUCCAAGAUGAAAAAUGUUUUCCUUGUCACUUUUCUUUCUCCACCCAGUCAGUUGUCUAGAAAAAAUAACCCUGUAAGAGAAUUUUAAAAAAACAUUUAGAGGAUUUUGCUUGUUCUUAGUGGUGCAUAAGGGAAAAAAUGGACUUUUUUUCCACAUUCUGAUUAGAACAGAAAAGCACUCAUUUAAUAGAUGUAGGGAAACUAGAUUAUAUUGCUGCCUUUUGAAUGGGGUAGGGGGAUUUGCCUGGUUUUAUGACCAGGAAUAGUAUCUGUUAUAUUUGCUUUUAAAUAAGCAUGACGUGGAAAUACCAUCUUGGUUUGAGAUUCAUUUGAGGAUGUUAUUUUAUGAAAAGCACAACAUAUGCAAUUAUAUUUAUUGAAUACAUAGAUGCAGUAUGGAUGUUUAAAUUGCUAAACUUUAUGAGAACUUGGAAAAGGUUGUUCAGGUUUAUAAAUAGCUUUAGUGAUGCCUCCUCUCUUUAAAUACCUGUCACACUGUAUGAAAAUGGUGAGGUCAGACUCCCUAAGACUCUCUUCAGGUUCAUUUUUAUAAUGUUUACUUCUUAGAACAAAAUAGUAGCUAAAUUAAAGAACUAUUCCAUUCUUACUUAUUGAGACAGAGUGGAAGGAAAGACAUCUUAUACAUCACUGUCAUUCUGCAGAUACUGUGGAACUCUCCAGAUGGAGGGAGACUUCACCUAUAGCCACAACUAUUAAAUGAGCAUUCCACAGAAUUUCAUUCUAGGCAAGUUCCACUCAACACCAGACCAGGCAAUUUUAUCUCUUUACACUACUGGCCUAGUUUUCUCAUAUACAGUCAGCAUAAGCACAUGGUGACGCUUGAGAACUGAAAAACCAAGCUGUGUCAUUAAUACUCAUUUAAUUCACAUGCCAAAUAGUUUAAACACGGCCAGCUUAGAAAUAGGUAUCAAAUCCAAAUCCACUGCAAUCAAAGCUACAAAAUAUAAAUGACCAUGGGAAGGUCACCUUUUAGAAGUCAGUAUAAUUGGAACUAAAAUUCCCUACAAUAGGGAAUGAGGAAUUUUAAACUGGCAGUUUGAUUAUAGCCACCAAAAAAAAAUUAAUAAAAAUAAAGGCAUUUGGCUGGUCUGAGAUCUAAUACCAAUCAGUCAGUCGGUACCUGUGUUUUGGGUUUUUAAAAAAAAUUUUAGCCCAGUUUCCUUGAGUCAUUAUCUCCAGCAGCAGAAAUAGGGGCUGUACUUCCUUACCAGUGACCCAGUGUCCUUACGUUUAUCCCAAGAACAGGGAUAUAAGCUGUGUCCAGAUGGGUUCUGAAUUCUACAGAUUCAUCAACCUGAGGCAGUGAGUCAUUAAAAACCACUUUGUCUCCUUUGGGAGAAUGACAUACUUUCAGUAUAUACGUAGCUUAUUGUAUAUCUACAUAUGCAAAGCUUUCCUUCACAGUUAAAGGUUACAUAUGCAUAGUGGGAGGAGAUCAGACCUUUACAGGUGAAGGAAAGCAACUUCAGAAAUGAAUUAUUUUCUUUGCUUUAUUAUUUUUACCAAGACAGAGAAGUAUUGUAUUGAGAGAUAUCUAUUUUCAUAAUCAAUAUGUGCCUAAAUUAUAUUUAAAUCAUUUCACUCUGUACUAUAUUUUCAAUAAUUAUAGAAUGUGUUGUUCAUUCACUUAAGGGUACCUCUGUAGACAUAACCUAAAACUGCAGAAGGACUUGAAAGAUCUACACAUGGUGUGCUCAGAAACUGCAGCUUUUGGAUCUAAUGUAUACUGCAUUAAUAAACAAUAAGAAAUGUUGAAAA